AUGGAUUCUUAUAAAAGCAAAGAAGCUCCUAUGACCGGUUAUAAAUAUGGUGAAAUCGAACACGCUACAGAAAACGUCACCAAAGAUGUGUUAAAUUACUCUAAACAAGCAUUUUCUUCCGCUCAAGACAAAGCAAGUCGUGCCGUCGAUGCUAUAAAUCAUGCAACUGAAACGACGGUUGAAAGAGGAGUUGGCGUUUUCAGUAAAGCAACUGGAACGACGGUUAACGCUUUUAAACAUCCGGUCGAAUCCGCUAGAUACGCUUGGGAAAAUUUUCCUCCUCUAAGUUGGUUCGGUUAUGGUGUGGCCGCCCUAAACUCUAUUCCUUUAGCCAUGUUCAUUUGCUUCUUCUUGAUCACCCUCGCCUUCGUCUUGGGUGUAGCCGGUACGGGAAUUUUGGCAGCUGAAGGAUUUUUCCUUGGAAUUGGGUCUAUAUUCUUUAUACCUACCGUGAUCGUUUUGACUUUUGCUGCAUUCUCCACCGCUUUAUUCACCGUGUUUGGCUGGGCCGCUUAUAAGGCGGCAAUAAAGGUGCUGUGUAAUCUUGGUGUGGUUAAAAGAGAAAUUCAACAUGAUUCAAGUGCCAUGUUCAAAGGAGGAAGGAAAGCGGUGCAACAGGAAUACGAAGAGUAA